CUCUCAAAACUGUUAAUGCCGUCGCGAUAUUGCUGGUUAUGUCCACAUCAGCAUCCACAGAGAGCGGAGAGUAAUGUGAACACUGGACGUGUGUGCUGCAGGUUCGACUUCACCCAUAAGAAGCAGUCUGGAGGCUCGGGUCAGUACGGUAAAGUGGUGGGCGUCCUGGAGCCGCUGGAGCCCGAGAACUACACCAAACUGGAGUUCAGCGACCAGACCGUGGGCACCAACAUCCCCAAGCAGUUCGUGCCCGCCGUGGAGAAGGGCUUCAGGGAGGCGAGUGAGAAGGGGCCGCUGACGGGACACAGGAUCUCCGGCGUGCGGUUCGUGCUGGACGACGGGGCGCAUCACAUGGUGGACUCCAACGAGAUGUCCUUCAUCCGGGCCGGAGAGGGCGCUCUCAAACAGGCGCUGGAGAAGGCCAGUGUGGUGAUCCUGGAGCCGGUGAUGUCAGUGGAGAUCGUGGCUCCUGACGAGUUCCAGGGGGCCGUGAUCGCAGGGGUCAACCGCAGGCACGGCGUGGUCACGGGGCAGGACGGGGCCGAGGGCUACUUCACACUCUACGCCGACAUCCCGUUGAAUGACAUGUUUGGAUACGCCACAGAGCUGCGCUCCUGCACUGAGGGUAAAGGCGAGUACACCAUGGACUACAGCAGAUAUCAGCCCUGUCUGCCCAGCGUUCAGGAGGACCUGGUCAACAAACACCUGGAGGCCACGGGACAGAUGCCCGCCAAGAAGAGCAAGUGGAAGAACUGAACACACACACACACGGACGUUUGUAAGAGGUGAACAGUCAAGAAGGUCACAGGGAUUGGGAGGGUUUGCUCAGUAACUGUAAAUGUCGUUGUACAGCAAAUGGUCGCAAAUGUGGUGAUUUAAUAUAAAAUGAUGAUGUUUUAAAUCAGUGUGUGUUGAGUCGCAUUGGGAAAGACGUAACACACUUCACCUGACUGGAGCGAUUACACACACACACACACACACACACGAUAGCUUGAUUCCCUCAGACCAGUGAAACAUAAACCUAAUGUUGAGAGCGAGAGGAGGCAUUUUACGCCACACACACCCAGGUCGGUUUACACACACACACACACACACCAGAGCUCAGCGGGAAUCUGUUUACUGUGUUAAUAUAAAGCCGUAUGUGACGCGCCUCACCUGACGACACACACUGAUGAGCCAGAACUAAUGAUCAUAACCGAUUACAGUCCUCCUGUGGAGGCGGGGCUCAUUUGCAUAUUCAUAGAACCACGCAUACUAAAUGAGGCAAGAGUGUUGAGUUACAUUCAAGAUAUUUUUAGGCAAUUUUUCAAGGAAAAAAAUGUUCAUUUUGAUGUUUAAAAUGAGUUUUAGGGGAUAAACUGAUUGACUACAGGAGGACUUUAAUAUGCGGCCUUGUUAGGAGAUGAUCAACAAUAUUCGCUUCACCGAUGACUACAAAAUAAUGUUUUGGCUCGCCGAUGUACGUGGAAACAAAAUGAUGAAGAGAAAUAAACAUUUAGACUUUGCAAA